AUGCACUUAAGAUGUCUUAAUGCUAUACCGAUAAUUUUAUCUCUGGUUUUAAAUCUUAACAAAUCGAAUCCUCAUUUUAGUGAAGAAGGAAAACGAGAAGAAAGAGAUGAAGGCAGUGUAGGAGAAGGAGGAGGAAGAGAUGCAAUUUGGGAAGGAAAACAAGAAGAAAUAUAUGAAUGCGGUAGAAGAGACGGAAGGGAAGAGAUACAAUUGUAUCUCAAGAUUGAGGAGUUUACAUGGUGUGGAAAGAUCGAUGGCCUAAAAAAUACAUAUACUCAAAAAUUAAAUAUAGAAGAUACACAAAUCUUUAAUGAAAUGGAGAAAUUUUUAUUAAAUGAACUAUGUAUAUAA